GCGUUAACCGCAUCCUGCUCUACCUCACUCCUCCUCUCUUCCUUGUGUUUGUCACCUACAACCUUCAUUUAAUUGUCACCACCCAUGGAAACUGACAGAUCUACUGCCCCCAAACGCCGACGCUCCGCACUGGCCUGCGAGGAAUGUCGUCGACGCAAGAUCCGAUCGCAAAGUCCGCCAGAAGCGCCAAGUCAAAAUUCACCCAGGAUCCGCGCCAUCGCGCGAGAGCCUUCCCAUGGAUCAGCCGACACUCACGGACUUUCGCAUCCUACACCAUCAGUAGAAGCUUUGACAGAUCGUAUUCAACAGCUGGAGCAGAAGCUCAGCGAGGCUCUCAGUUUGCAGGCAGAAAGUCGAUCACAGCAACUCCCAACCGUGGCACCCGAACCGACCGCCAUCAACGGGACAUUUUCCAAGACGAGAUUCUUUGGCAAUAGCCAACGGUCAAUCUGCGAGCGUAAAUUUCGUCACCUGUUUGUCAUGUUCUUCCUAGUCGACGCCCCCGAAAACGCGGAGAUUCAUGCCCUUCUCGAGCAAACCAAGCGUCUCGCACGAACAGCAAAAGCCCAGAUCAUACUCCACCAACCUGUGUGCGCUGACCUGCGCGAGUUGAUUCCCCCCAGGCGGGUGUCAGACCAGCUUGUGCAGACUUAUCUGCGCGCCAUGGAGUCAGUGUAUCGCAUCGUGCAUAUACCGUCUUUUCUGCAGGCUUACGAGCUGUACUGGAUCGACUCUGCGGCGGCUGCUCCGGCCUUUAUCAUCAAGAUUCUGCUUAUAAUGGCCAUUGGCAGCGUAUUCUGCCAGGACCAUACCCAGGAUGGCCUCCCCAUCUCGCGAGCCGUUGUCCUACGGUGGGUGUAUACGGCACAAACAUGGCUCAGCUCUCCAUUCGAGAAGUCCCGACUGGAUCUCGAUACUCUUCAGCUCCAUUGCCUCCUCCUCAUCGCCCGUCAGAUCAACCCGGUUGGUAGUGAUCUGGUCUGGCUGGCUGCCGGCACUUUGCUCCGAACAGCCAUGCACAUGGGCUUGCACAUCGACCCCCGCCGUAUCCCAAACAUCUCUCUCUUCGACGCAGAGCUCCGGCGAAGACUGUGGGCUACCGUCCUCGAAAUCAACCUACAGACCAGUACAGAUGCAGGCGGUCUCCCUCUGAUCUCCACCGAUGACUACGACUGCGAGCCCCCGAUGAACAUCGACGACGAACAGAUGGAGAACCCGACCGCGCAACCGACGGAAAUGUUCACUCACACCUCCCUUCAGAUCGCCCUUCUCCGAUCGCUACCCGUCCGACUCCAGAUCGCUCGCUUCACCAACGACUUCCGCCGCGGCGUUUCCUACGAUGAAGCCCUGCGUCUCAGUGCAGAGCUCACCGCGAUCUACCGAGACAAUUCGACCCUCUUCCAGACCUUUAACAAAGGGGUCUCCAAACCCACUCCAUUCCACUCGCGUCUCUUCGACCUCAUGACCCAACGCUUUCUCCUCGCUCUUCACGACCCCUUCACCAUCCGAGCCAAGUCCAAUCCGACCUAUUACUAUUCCCGACAGAUGAGCCUCCAGACGUCACUCCAGAUCCUCAGCCCCUUCACCUCAGAUGCCCCUGACACCGCUGCCGACCCCGACUACACAUCGCUCCUCCUCAUCGGCGCGGCCGUCUACCGCGACGUCACCGCCCAGGCCAUCUGCGUCAUCGCUGACGAAUGUCUGGACAUGCUAGACAAAAGACAGACGUCUCUGACAGCACUUGCUCACAGCUUCGCGCACGAACCUCAGCUCCUCGCUCUCCGAGCCAUCGUGGAACGCAGCACGGCGUACUGUAUGAAGCGAGUCCGCGCAGGGGAAACCAACAUCAAGGGGUACUUGAUCUCAUCGUUCUUACUCGCGUAUAUCGAUGCUCGAUGGAAGGGAGAGCCCGUGGAGGGGGUGGUACGUGAAGCAUUUCGGCAGGACUUGAAGCGAUGUGUUGGAUUGCUAGAGGAGUUGAUCGAGCGAGCGGGGGAUUCUACUUCUGUUCCUGCGGGCGAAACCGAAACUAAUGUUUCGUUCAGUCCGGAGAACAUUGACUGGCUUGCAAAUGACGAACUGAUGCCCGACCUAGGCGCCGACAUGGACAUCAACGCCUGGCUUACGAUGCAGGGGAUGGUCUAAUGUACAAAUAUAUCCAUAUUAUACAAUAUAUAGAAGUUAUAACGAACACACUCC